UUCAACAAUUUCACAACAUUGAUCGCAUGGCUUAUUCUAGACUGGUUCUAACCCUCCGUUUCGACCCUUUCCCCUCCAUGAAGAUCGUUGCCUUUUGGAAUUUUCUUGAAAGAAUCGGCUUCAAACACUUCGUUCACAACCUUCUACAUUUCUCCGAUCGCAUGAUUUUCUCUUUAGCCAAAGAGACCCUCGUCUGCUUGGAAUGCUUGUUUUGUGCCCCGCAAGAAAUCUUCCCUUGGGUCCAUCUCGAUUUCCCGGAGAUGAACAAACUUGUUGGUCAAGAAAUCUUGCUGAGUUUUCUUUUCAAAAACAGGGAAGCCGUAAAAGGGAUGAUUGAGGACUUCGUCAAGGACGUGUGCCAAGUAGCAUUUAUGGAUAUAGUUGAAGGAAACUUGGGUUGCAAGCCAUCUUCAAACCCUGACUCUGAAUUGGAUUCUCCAACUUCUGAUGAUAGGGGAGACAAUAGGGAGCUUUUCACAGACGAUGGUAAGGCCAGAGUUGAUUCAGAAGACAGAUCAUUGUUUAUGACAUUCUCUAGGGGACAUCCGGUUUCAAACCAAGAACUUCACGGUUUCAUUGUGGGGAAAUACGGCAAAUGUGUGGAGGCAAUCUAUAUGGAUAAAAACCCGAAGCGGUUGUUUGCUUGUGUCGUCUUAAGGUCACACUCUGACUUUUCCAGGAUUCUUGGGGGUCAGAAACUGGUGAAGCUCUUCAUUAAUGGCAAACAAGUUAGGGUUCGAAGAUUUGUCCCCAAAUGUAGGAAAUAGUUCCAAUCCACAACCAAACUAACAGGUUAGCACUAGUUUUGUCCCUAGAGGUGAAAUCAUUACUACGUUGUUGUACUAAAUUAGUCAUAGUCUUUAAACACUGAUUUGUUGAUUUAUGACAAGGUUUCUAGGAAGAAGGGAAAAAAAAAACACACACACACACACAAAAUCAAUAACAUCCUUUUAUUGUAGUUUGUCUGUCUGUGUGGUCAUAAAUUAGUGGGAAUUGACCAGUUUUGUAUCAGAAAAUCCCCAGUGGAGUGAUCUUCUUCACAUCAUACUAGCUUAUCAGUAGUUAUAUAGUAACACUUUUAUGUUCCAUAUUGUGAUGUUGUGUAAUGCUUGUCCAUUCAAUUGUACCCCAAGUUUAUCUGUUUCUUUAA